UUAUCCAUUCGACUGUGUGUCUUAGAAGUUUGCGUUUCGAUUAAUUUCUUGCUCCAAGCACUAUAAACUUUCCGAGGAACAAAAUCAUUUUAUUUUAUUGCCAAUUCUAUAUUCGUAUGUCCAUACAAAAUUUAAAUACAUUUGACCCAUUUGCAGACGCAAUAAAGGGCACAGACGAAGAUGUUCAAGACGGUUUAGUUCACAUAAGAAUUCAACAAAGGAACGGUCGCAAGACAUUAACAACUGUCCAAGGAUUAUCAACAAAUUACGAUCUCAAGAAGAUCGUAAGAACAUGCAAAAAAGAAUUUGCCUGCAACGGAACAGUCAUCGAACAUCCAGAAUACGGUGAAGUUUUACAGCUACAAGGAGAUCAACGUGAAAAUAUUUGCCAAUUUUUAACCAAAAUGGGCUUAGUGAAACAGGAUCAACUCAAAGUUCACGGAUUUUAAGCUAUGUGCGCUGCUCCUUAUUAAAUUGAUUAUAAUUUUUCAUUGAUAUAUAAAUAAUAUAUUUUGUCUCUUGUCAUUGAACGAAUGAAUGAAUAUAUUGAAGGAUCAAAACUAUAACAUCCACAAACACUGGAAUUUCAUGAUUAUUAUAUCUAUAAAAUAAAAAAAAAUCACAUAACACGAACGAUUUUUCCCUUUUCGCUCAUAUUUUCUUUUAUUCUCCUUUCUAUUAAUGUUGGCUUUUGAAUUUUCUCAUUAAUUAAUUUGUUUAUUAACAAAAAAUAAAGUAUAUAAGAUGGAAUUACAUGAAUUACAUAGACAAAUAAAAGGAUUCUUUUCAAAAGUAAAUUGAUAUAAAUAUGUGUACAUAUAGUAAUAAAGAUUUUAAUUUUUUGCUAACAGCGCGAUUUUCCAUUGAGCUAACUUAGUUAUUAAGCAUGUCCCAUAGAUCAUCUUCCUUGUCGUUUUUGCCCUUUUUACUGUUGCCAUUAGUGCUUCCUUUAACACCCGACUUGAUAUCUAAAUUUUGGAAAUCGCUGGAAAUGUUUGUAUCACGUUUAACUGUCUUCUCUGUCCUAGUAAAUUCCUGGAACUUAUCGUCUGAGUCAUCAUAGUUUUGACUGCAAAAUUAAAUAAAUUAGCAUAAAGUACACUAUCCGGUGGUAUUAAAUUCACUUACUAUGAUUGAUGACUUCCGUUGUUACUUGCAUCGCUUUCAGGAAAAGUCCAAUCUUCAUUAAUUGCAUGCUCGUUGCCUGUAUUAUUAUCAAUGUCAUUGUAGCUACUCGAUCCUGCUAUGCCACCGAAGCCCUUCUUUCCCAAUUCAGAA